AUGUUCGAAGAGGGAGGCUAUGCCGUUCUGCAGCGGUACAGCCGAUGGCAGAAGAAGAAGGUUCGCACUAUCGUCGUGAAUACCCACGCCAAGAACCCGUCACAUCGGUCCAUUGCUGAUGCCAUUGCUCUUGCAAAGCCGUUUGAUCGGAUCGAGUUGACAGGCGGUGAGUACCAUGAGUCCGUGGCUAUUCAGGUACCGCUGGAGUUGGUCGCCUCUGAGGGUGAAGAUCCGCACAUCUUCUCUCGCUCAUCCACCAUCACCAUUGCAACGCCUGGGAUCGACGUCUACAUGGAGAGCAUUAUUGUGUCAUCUCGCAGUACCAGCACGCUCGACGCCGCUAUUGUCGCCGUCGCCGGCAACCCGAUCCUCUUCCGCUGCCACUGUAGCUCGGUGCUCAUCGGCGGCACCGCCGAGGCACACCUAGACGAGUGUACAAUCAAGGAAAGCGGCAGCGGCGUGGGCAUUGUAGUGCAAGACAGUGGCGGUGGCAUCAUCAAAUCCUCCACGAUACGCAAUCACCGCAGCGUCUGUUUCGACAUCGACACGCGCGGCGAGUUGGCGGUGACAGAGUGCACGAUCGACAAUACCACCUGCGGCGAUGGGAUGAAGCUCUCCGGUGCUGUCAGCUCUAUCAGCCGCGACUUUGGUGCGUCGUACCUGUCCUGCAGCCACGUCGAGGUGUCGCAUUGCCACUUUUCUAUCUCCGGCGACGCUAUGAGCAGCGGGGCAGGUGGGGUUUCUAUGAACAUAGUAGGGAGUGCGUGCGGCAUUGUCCUUACCCAAGGAGCUGCACCGACGAUCGCCUCGAACGAGUUCAUAGAAGGCGAGAUUGGUGUGCUGAUUGAGGGCCCUGGCACGGCGCAGCUCAGAGGCAACGUUAUUCGGUGCCAACGGCGCUGCGGCAUCUUGGCCCUUGUAGAGGAGGGCUUCCGGUACUCCCUGGAUCAUCAGACGCUGCGUAUUUCCGGUGACAACGUACUGGACCGCUGCCGUGUGGGAAUCGAUGUACAGUGCUCCAACAACCGAGCGUCGUAUUUCCAGCAGCAGAGUGCCACCGUCGCCGUGACAGGAGCCGCAUCUGGCAUUGGUGGCUCAGCCGACGCUGGGCUGAACAUCACCGUCAACGGCAGCCACAUGAGCGGGAUUGAUCGUUUCUUGGCUGACGAACUACCAAACCCGAAGCGGGCCUUUGAGUGGACACCGGUGCAGGGUAGCACUCCUCCUCCGAGUACGUACGACGCGGCUUACUUCUUGUCCACCACCUCGUCAACGAAUCCGCUUGUAUGCGCAGAGAGCAAGUGGUACGCGCUGGACAAGCUCAGGUCAAAUCUCCAGCAGCUCGUGAACAUGGCCUUACAGGCCCACCCCACCUGUCUGCAACCGUCCUUCGGGUUUGUUGCGGGCACCGUCCCGCUCGUGACUGAAGGGCUUGGCGCCAACUCGACAAACACGUUCGCCGACAUCCUGAACGACAUGCUGGGGACGCAGCUCAGCCACCAAAAGGACGGCCUGUCAUGGCAGCGGGAAAUGCUGCAGCUGCGCGGGAACAAAGGCAUCGACAUCGUCAACACAAAGUUCUCCAACUGCGAUGUCUGUGCCAUUCGCUUUGGCCGUCACGGGUACGGACUGGUGGAGGAGUGUGUGUUUGAGGACUGUGGAACGUACGCCAUUGUCGUGGACUGCGCAGCGCAUCCGCUCAUCACCGGCUGCCGCUUCCUGCGCUCUCGCGGCGCCAGCAUACUGGUGACCAACUUUGCGAAUCCCUUCAUCAUCGGCAACGAGAUGGUAAGCGGGAAGCGAGACGGCAUUCAACUCACCAACAUGAGCCGCGGUCUGAUUGUCGGCAACAUCAUCGCCACGCACGUUGGCACCGGCACCCGUGUCGACAAACACAGCCAGACACUCAUUUGCGCCAACGUAAUCUCGCAGAACCGUGAAGGCGGCAUCUCUGUCGCCGAGGGUAGCAAGCCGACUAUCCUGUUCAACCACCUCACGGGGAACCUGCAAGCGCAGGUUCGCUGCACCGACGGGGCCGAUGCCUUUAUCUCGCAUAACCGCAUCUCCGCCUCCGCAGACACCGGCAUCCACAUCGACUCGUGCAGUCGCUGCACCGUCCUUUCCAACGCAAUCCGCUCGAACGGCGACGGCAUCCUCGUUGAGCGGGAUGCCGACCCUUACGUCAAGAACAACGAAAUCACAGCCAACACGCGAGCAGGGGUGCAUGCUCGCAAUAACGCUCUCGGAGUGUUCGUGGACAACCGCAUCCUCGACAAUCUUGGCCCAAACGUGCUCUUGACGGAGGGCGCCUCCUCGGUGUUUCGCGCCAAUCGCAUCGAAGGUAGCUCGCAAGGAGGCGUGGUCGUGUGCAACGAGGGGCAUGGCUUCUUUGAACGCAACACGAUCUCAGCGAACGCCAUCGCGAACGUGCUGGUGACUGGUGCGUAUUCCGAGCCGGAGUUGCUGCGCAACGUCAUUUCAGGCUCGCGCUCUGGCUGUGGCAUAGUCUGCGCGCGCAGCGCUGGUGGCAGUUUCCUGCGCAACAGCAUUUUCGAAAACUUCCAGUGUGGUGUGUUUAUCCUAGAGGCGUCCAAUCCGACGUUGCGGGACAACAACAUCGCACGCGAGGCGGUCGGUGUGCUGGUGUCGGACUGUGGCAGAGGGUUACUCACAAAAAAUGUCAUUGAAAACUGUUAUGGCACAGGUGUGCUGACACAGCGGCAGGCGAACCCGGUCUUUUCGGAGAACAAGGUGAGGGACUGUCAGAUGAGUGGGCUGCACAUUGCACCGGACAGCAUCGGCCUUUUUGAGCAGAAUGAGCUGACGCGGAACGACAUCGGGGUGCACCUUGGCUCUUCAAUGGACUCGGCAGUAAUUGACAUCCACUCUGUCUAUCUUAGUGACGCGGAUCCGAGCGACACGGACUCGUCGGCGAUGGCGCAGGGCAGGGCAUCACACACUGCACCGCGUCACUCUAGCCUGUGCCCUACCAAGACGGAUGCGAGUGUGCUGCGCAGCAUUGCGGACGCGGGGGCGCAACGGCGAACGAGCGUGGUGCGGCCGGCGUCGAGCGUCGUUCGCGGCAACACCAUCACGGCCAACCUGCGUGGGGGCGUUUUGCUAGACUCAUUUCCAAGUGGCACGGUGGAGCGGAAUGUCAUCUUCCGCAACAACGCCUAUGGGAUCCUGGGCGACGCUACGUACGCUGCGGCGCGUGCGCAGGCGGUCCUGCUGACCAAAUUCGGCGCUGAAGACUGCAGAUGUGUUAUACGACCUCUGCCGGUACGGCAGCAGCAGUCCUCACCCGCCCAACUAAAAACGCUACUCCUGAUUCAGGCAAACAAUAUCCACGGCCAUGACGAGGCGAACAUCCUCCUUGACCACUUCGAUGGCGCUACACACGAAACAACCAUCACCGAGAACACCAUCUACGGGGCCCCGUACGGCGUAUGCGUGGCGCACAACUCUACCGUUUGCUCGAUGAGCAAGAAUGAGGUUCACACAUGCAUGGACGGCUUCGCUUUCACCAGCGGCGGCCACGGCUGCUACACGGCGAACCACAUCCACGACUGCACCUACUCGGGUGUCUACGUUUCCGACAUGGCACACCCCAGCCUCGCCGACUCCAACUGCAUCGAGAAUUGCGGCUUCUGCGGCGUCCUGGUGGACGUGAGUGGUCAAGGCGUGUUUCGCAGAAACACAAUCCGUCACUGCGAGACGGGCGUCGUGGUAUUCUGCGGCCCAACCACCCCUUUUCACAUGUCACACGAGGAAGUGACUAAUGCGCGCAUCCUCACCUCCACGCCGAUUUUCACGGAGAACACCAUCGAAGAAAACGAACUGCAUGGCGUGUUACUACUUAGCGUCCUAUCGGGAUGUCCGUUGCGCUCACCCCUCAUCUUGUCCUGCGGUGGCCCUAGUGAGAAAUCUGCUGAAGCCUCGCCAGCGGACCCAUCGACUGACGAGCCGCUCCACGAUGCACCGACACCCUAUCUCGGUGCGGUCCGCGAGACAGCCGUGCGAAGCGAUCGACUCUGCGCCACCUUUGAAAAAAAUGUUAUUCGACGCAGUCGAAUGAUGGGCGUUUACCACGACCGCUUCGACCACUGGGACUUCUCGGCGCUCGAGAAGACGCACGCGGAGAGAAAGCGGUCUGGUGGCAAUGCAGUGAAGAACGCCUACGGCGGGUACGAAGCUCUGCUUGGCACCUCCCAGAUUCUUGACAGUGAUGAACACCGACAACAGCGCCAGCUGAAGCAGAUAAGUCUUAUCGAGAACACCAUCACCGAGUGCAGCGUCGGCGUCGGUGCUGGGUACGGCUGCCAUCCAUAUCUUCAGCGCAACAAAAUUCUCAACAACACUUUCUUUGGCCUCCUCCUGCGCUUCGGGUCAGCCGUCUCGGCGUAUGCGAACGACAUCUGCGGCAACGGGCUGGCUGGCGUGUACGCGGCGAGCGGAGCGAAGGGGUACAUUGCAAAAGGCGCCAUUGAGUCGAACAACGGCUGGUGUCGCCCACCGACGAGCCAGCACACACCACGCAGCUUCGCUGACUGCACCUUUUCCAAGUCAUUUUUCACGCAGUCGAUGGUGAGCACUGUAGAGGACAACGUGCGAGCUGCCGCCAUCGCCGCGCAUCGGCCGCUUCGCAUGUGCUCCCGCGCGUACGAGCAGAUGACUCACCUUGCCGCGGUCCACGUCUUUAUCAUGACGGACGCCCUGCGCUACCUCGCCGAGCUCGUCGCUGCCUCUUCUGGCGGUUUGACGCUCGCCAGCGGCUGCGCACCGUCAGCGCUCUUUGACGCUGCAAGUGGGGCAUCGUUUGGCGCUGGUGGCGCGGCGGCGUCGGGUUGGCGGUACCUUGGCGGCGUGGCGUUGGCCGACUAUGCGGACGUAUCCACGGCCGACGGCGGCAUCGGGGUGUGGGUGCAGGCGGGAAGUCGGGUGACUAUCCAGGGCAACCGAAUUAGCAAGCACCAGAAUAGCGGUGUGCGGAUCACCAAAGGCGUCUUACAUCACCACUCGGUGCUGCACAAAUCAUUUCGCAUGGAUGACGACAAGAAAGCGAACAAGAAGCUGGACAUGGUGGUCUCACUACCUGACACUGCAAAACGGAGGACGUCGACAGCGAGCAGCACAGCGGUGGACAUUUUUGCUGUGGAACGAGAGGCGCCACCUCUUGCAUGCGGGGAGCCUGGUGCUCUCUUCAGUACACAGCUGCUCUGCGCGACUGGAAUUUUGGCGGCCCUACAGAUAGCCGCAUCCACUACAUUUGAAAGCCUCGACGCCAGCUUUGCGUCGUUCUUGCAUCACAGCCUCUCCCUCUCUUGUCCAAACGGGCUGGAGGCCGAGGAGCAACGGCAGCGCGUGGGCUCUCUUCACCACGCCCACAUCGCUGAUAAUGUCAUUAGCGGUAACAGGGAUGGGGUGCACAUCGAGGUGUUUCACCGACUCCAGGCAUCCACAACGACCAGCGCGGUCGCGGCUACGGCGGCGUCAGUCGACCGCACCAGCCCAUCCUCUGGUGGCGACGCGAACAGUACGACUGGGGUGGUGCCACACACCCCAAAAGACGCACGUGCGCAGCAGCCCUUUCGGCGAGCAAGUACGCCGACGCUCUCCUCCACAGCCACUGCCGUGACGACUGCACACCCCGCCUCAUCGCAAGACAUUGACGUGAUAAACUGUGCCUACGGCACCCUCAACUUCAAGAUCGUGGUAGAGGGGAAUACCGUUACGCAGAACCGUCGCUACGGUGUGUACGCGGUGCACGUGGCAAACGUGAGCUGCGAGCGCUGGGUGCCCAGUCGCAGCGCGCUGAACACGACCCUCGCGGCCCAGUACGGCGAAAUUCGCUCGAAGUUGAUACUGGGGAAGCCGACGGCGCGGGUGGAGGUGGCGCUGCCUUUUGGGGUGCAGGCGCUUAACCAGGAGGUGGACCACGCCCUCUUCCGGAAGAACGACCUCUUCAACAACGAGCAAACGCAGGUCUACGUGACGUCUCGCUACGUUGCCCUGACGCAGGACGGCGACCGAACCCUGCUGCAGCUGGACACGACUGCCGCCCUCUCCGGGUCGAACUACGCCUCUCAGGUGCUCAUUGGGGUCCCCGUGAUGGCGAGUCUACUCCAACUGCCCCCACCUGGUGUGCUACUGUGGGAUGAGAACAAAAUACACGACGCCAAGAGCGGAGUGCGACUUUGCGGCUACCUCGGGCCGCACAGCGUCCGUUUCCAACGCAACAGUUUUGUGAACAUCGCAGACGACGCGCUCUCGGUGCUGGGGCAUUUGGCGUGUGCGACAAUCGGGAAGGGCAAUGUCUUUGACGGCAACGGUGUGGGACUCCGUGUGGCGCAGGAGCAGCACAUUGGGCUCGUGACGCCCUGUUCAAGGACGCCGAACGCCCUGCGAACCCGCAUCUUUCAUAACACGUUCAAAGCGGCCAAGGGCUCGUCCAUCUUGCUGGAAUGCGUCGGCGAGGAAGCGCCACUGGUGUACCGAAAUGAGUUCAGUGGGCACACGCAGGGCACGGUGGCGCUGUACUUACAAAGUGGCAGAGCUGGCGGCCCGGCGGUGGUGCAGGGCAACGUCUUCUCAGAUAACUACACCCCCGUUGUCCUCGUGGGUGGAAGCGAGUCUGGGGGGGUGAACGCACCCUCCGCCUCUCCCACCACCCUCGUCGAGAACCGGUUUACGUGCAACUACGUGGGUGUCAUUGUUUGCAACGGCGCUGCCCCGACGCUCGAGGGAAAUCUCUUCGAGAAAAACGCACGAGCAGGGCUGGAGGUGGUAGGAAGUGGCUCUCGCCCGGAGGUACGCCAGUGCGUUUUUCGAGAGCACACGCGGGAUAGUGACGCAGUGGGCUCGCUUGCAGGGCUCACGCACGGGCCUCAGUCGCCGUCCCAGGAGAUUAACGCGGAGUCGACGAUGCGCUACCCGAAGCAAGGGACGCUCCUACUUCAGCGGUGCAAUUUCUCCUUGACGUUGUUGCCCGAGAACACACGUGUUCUCACCGCCACAAGUCAGGCACGGCUGCCGGCUGGCCUGCUCCUUGGCCCCUUCACCGAGCCGGUAGUGGACGCGUGCUGUUUUGUGAAUAACGAUAUCGGCGUCGACGCCGUGCGGGAUGCUGCGAGUCCGGCUGUUGCGCUGGCAGAACUGAAGGCGCACGUCAAGCGUUGCCUUUUUUCGAGUCACCGGGUCUGUGGGGUCCUGGUGCGCGGCUCCCAGAGUACCGCAGGCCGGGGAAGAGGCAGCGAUGGCGCUGCCAAAGGGACUGCCGUCGACCACACACCCACCGACGGCACCAUCGAUGCCAGCAGUACACUCGGCAUGGCGGAUACGACAGUCUUUGAGCAGUGCGUGUUCAUGGAGAACGCCACAGCGGAGGGCGGAGGCGACGUGGUGGCGAUGGAGGACGGCUACGCAACAUUUCGCGGAAACGUCUUCUGUGGCACCGUCGUAGGCAAGACGCGUGGCGCAGCCUGCUUUACGCAGAACAAAUUCAUCACCUUGUCAGACAGCGGUAUUGCCGCGCUCACGGAAACAGCGCACGACUCGUCGUCCCGCUCGGAUGGCUGCAGCAGCGCGGCGGCUGCGGUCGUUAUUCAGGAGGGUGGUCGCAUCGUUGUCAAUGAAAAUACAAUCGCGUAUCGCAAAGUCGGUGUGCAGUGCUUGCCUGGCGCGGAGGGCAUUGCGACGGGCAACCGCAUCGUGCAGUGCGUGACAGGGUUGCUGCUCGCUCCCUUCAACCGCACAGAUGUAAACAAAAACCGGGUACUCGCCAGCCUGGACUGUGGUGCCGUCGUCUACGGCGGUCGGAUGGCGGACAAUACGAUCAUCACGGCCCCUAUCGGUAUCUUCGUGCAGCACUCGUCCGCCUACAAAGGCAUCAACGCAGUCCCAUCCCACAAGCGCAGCGCAGUGGAGUUCCUCUGCACUCGUAACAGCAUCGUCAACUGCGCCAAGGAUGGUUUCCUGAUCAAAACAGCCGGACUGUUCGAUGGCAACAACGUGUCACACUGCAAGAACGGCAUCAACAUCGUCUCGCCCCUCAGCGGCGGGCCUGCCGGCUCAUGCCCAGUGAUCAAAAACUCCAAUAUCUACGACAACUGCGUGGGGGUGUGCAUGGAAAAUGAGUCGGAGUCGGCGGUGCGGAGCAAUGACAUCUUUGAUAAUGAGGUUGUCGGUGUAUUAGUCGGCGCGACGGCCACCGGGUCGCUGCAGGAGAACCACAUCUCCUCUUCCAUGGACCAUGGCGCGGUGGAGAUUCCGAUGGAAGCGCGGAUCAAGUCACACGGCAACGUCAUUCGGAACCAGUUCUCGCCAGCCUUUCAGCGCGGCACACGAGCAAGCCGCGCGAAGGACUACCAAGUGGAACAGGCAAACCUUGAUCGAGAACUGCGCGACCUGGACGAUGCCAUCGAGGAGGCGCAUCAGAACAUGGAGGCCGUCUCGAGUGGCAUGCGGUCGCUUCAGCAGGAGCUCGUCAAAAUGCACUCGCGAUCCAUCGAAGACUUCGUGACGGUGAUUUCGGGGCCAGCGGGGCACGCAUUACGCGUUGCCAGCGCCAGAGCUGGCAAGAUGACGACUGCCGCUGGCUCUGACAGGAGAGAUGUCUGCUUCACACCGGCUACGCGCGCUACUGGCAAUUCCCUGAGUAGUUCAGAGAAGGUGAAGGGCGUCGCUAGUACCGUUGCGGCGGGCGCACGCCGGCAGUCCAAGGCGGGUUCGUCUACGACGGUCAACUUCCGCGGGAAGACUGCAAGUAACGCGAUUGCGGCAGACACAAAGCAGGUUCUCAUCCAUGUCUUCACUAACGCCGAGUCGGGUACUAGAGCGGACGCUAUUGGAGAGGCAAUUACUGGUGUCCUUGCCAAGGCUCCUCUAUCCAAGUACAACUUUCUCUCCACCAUCUCUACCUCGACGUCGCAGCUGCUGCGACUACUCGGCGGCCCCCACCCAAUGGUGCCGUUUCUCUGCGUGGUCGUCUUCGACGCACCCGUUCGCGACUUGAGUCCUUCAGAUCACUCCGCGCUGAAGAUGCUGCACGACAGCGCCUGCUGCGCUAGCCGCCCCGCCAAGUACCGCGUCGCGACUCAGGCAUCCAGCAUCCCAGACGGCGGAGGUGCUAGCAACGUUGGCGACGUGUCGGACCUCUUCUACACUGUCCUUCCUAGCAGUGUCUUCAAAAAAGAUGGGGCAGCCGCGAAUGAGGAGCGCGUCAUGAGUGUGGAGGCCUACGCGGCAGUGCAUCAUCCCUUCACCUACACUGCUUCCGUGGAAGAGGUGCUUGAUGACCUACACGAUCAAAUCAGCCAGGAGAUGAAAGCAUCCACUGCGUCAGCUGCACCCCACAGCCGGCGGCGCAUCAACGUGCCAAGCCUUCAAGCCUCCGGCAAGGAAAGCAUGGUGGAGAGAACGUCGGUCGAUGAAGACGGCCACGGUAGCCAUGGUGCUGCUGAGGGUGGUGGGCGCUUUGCCAACGCCCGUGGGAGCCGCAGCGCAUCCACCUUCCUGACAACCGAACACGUGAGCGCCCUCUUUUCGCAGCUUUCGCCCGAGGCCUUCGGCUUCGAACCUGCAAAGGAAACACGAACUGUGAAGAAGCGGAAGUCGUGUGUGGUCGAUACCCACGAGGUGGGCGAUAUCGAAGGUGGACCCGACGGUGACAAGCGAAACAGAAGGGGAUCGGCGCACGCCCAAAGAGGCUCCACUGUGUCCAAGGCCGCCGGCCGAGGGGCAACGGCUAGCCGGCGCCGA